AUGAACCUGGAGCUGCUCGAGUCCUUCGGCCAGAACUACCCCGAGGAGGCCGAUGGGACCCUGGACUGCAUCAGCAUGGCCCUGACCUGCACCUUCAACCGCUGGGGCACUCUGCUCGCCGUGGGCUGCAACGACGGCAGGAUCGUCAUCUGGGACUUCCUCACCAGGGGCAUUGCCAAGAUCAUCAGUGCACACAUCCACCCUGUCUGCUCCCUCUGCUGGAGCAGGGAUGGCCACAAGUUGGUGAGUGCCUCGACUGACAACAUCGUGUCGCAGUGGGAUGUGCUCUCAGGGGACUGUGACCAGCGAUUUCGCUUCCCUUCUCCCAUCCUCAAAGUCCAGUACCACCCCAGGGACCAGAACAGAGUGCUGGUGUGUCCCAUGAAGUCAGCCCCAGUGAUGCUGACCCUGUCAGACUCCAAACACGUUGUGCUGCCUGUGGAUGAUGAUUCUGACCUCAACGUUGUGGCCUCCUUCGACAGGAGAGGGGAAUACAUCUACACAGGCAAUGCCAAGGGCAAGAUCUUGGUCUUAAAAACAGACACUCAGGAUCUUGUUGCUUCCUUCAGAGUGACCACAGGGACCAGCAACACCACAGCCAUCAAAUCCAUCGAGUUCGCUCGGAAAGGGAGCUGCUUCCUCAUCAACACUGCUGACAGGAUCAUCCGUGUCUACGACGGCCGCGAGAUCCUCACCUGUGGCAGGGAUGGGGAGCCUGAGCCCAUGCAGAAGCUGCAGGACUUAGUCAACAGGACCCCCUGGAAGAAGUGCUGUUUCUCUGGGGAUGGGGAGUACAUCGUGGCAGGUUCAGCACGACAACAUGCCCUGUACAUCUGGGAGAAGAGCAUUGGGAACCUGGUGAAGAUCCUCCAUGGAACCAGGGGAGAGCUGCUCCUGGAUGUAGCAUGGCAUCCUGUCAGACCCAUCAUAGCCUCUAUUUCCAGUGGGGUCGUAUCAAUAUGGGCUCAGAAUCAAGUGGAGAACUGGAGUGCCUUUGCCCCUGACUUCAAGGAGCUGGAUGAGAACGUGGAGUAUGAGGAGAGAGAGUCAGAGUUUGACAUCGAGGAUGAAGACAAGAGUGAACCAGAGCAGACAGGUGCUGAUGCUGCAGAGGAUGAAGAAGUGGAUGUGACGAGUGUGGAUCCCAUUGCAGCCUUCUGCAGCAGUGAUGAGGAACUGGAGGACUCCAAGGCUCUGCUGUACUUGCCCAUUGCUCCUGAAGUGGAAGAUCCAGAGGAAAACCCCUAUGGACCUCCCCCAGAUGCUGUCCAGAGCUCUCUGACUGAUGAGGGCCUGGGCUCUGAGAAGAAGAGACAAUCCUCCUCUGAUGGACCUCAGGCACCAAAGAAGAAGCCCAAAACCACCAACAUAGAACUCCAAGGAGUCCCUAACGAUGAGGUCCAUCCGCUGCUGGGGGUGAAGGGAGAUGGUAAAUCCAAGAAGAAGCAAGCAGGCAGGCCUAAAGGAUCAAAAGGUAAAGACAAAGAUUCUCCAUUUAAACCGAAACUCUACAAAGGGGACAGAGGUGCUUUACCUCUGGAAGGAGCAGCGAAGGGUAAAGUGCAGGCCGAGCUGGGACAGCCCUUGCCAGCAGGUGGUGCAAUCUCAGAGUUGUUAUGA